AUGGCCCCCUCACGCAAGGAAACAACCAUUGGCCUCUGUCAGAGAGUCAAUGCGCAAGGAAACACUGUCUCGAUUCGCAUGUUAGAAUACCUAAGCUCGUCGAAAGAGCCAGUGCGAGGGUUCUUCCAUUUGGCUACAGCCUUCCUCAACCUUGCUCGUCUAGUCUGGUCGAUCGAAGCAGGCAUUAACGAGUCGUUCAAAUCACACAAGACUUAUCCAGUGGAGAUCACACAAGGGCUGGAUACGCGUUUUCGGCAGGUUUACGAUGAGUUCACAGUUCUGAGCCAGAUGAUCUCAAGGUUCAUCGAUAACGACAAUGGCAAGGGCGGCCUGGGCAAGCGUAUGCGUAUGAUGUUCGCCGACUCGGAAGUGGACAAGGUGCGGUUGGCACUUUUGAAGAGUAUCGAGUCUUUGAAAGUAAGCUCUGCUAUCUUUCGGUGGACGAUAGGCGACGACCAUGCCGAUGCAACUAUAUCAAUCGGAUAUGCUGGUCUCAUUGCUGCCCUCGAGCGCAUCAACCCGACAAAGACAACAUCCGCACUAACGCCUCGUCGGACUCCUCCGCCAGCAACGUCACCACCUCUACCGCCGUCGAAGAGCGACCAUAGUCCUUCGGAACAAGUUUUCCCACCCGUCCGCCUGGAUAGCAGGCUGUCUUUCAACGAACUUCGACCAACAGCAAGCGAGCUUACAAACUUAGCCAGGAUGCGGCCCAAUUUGAGCGACAUGAAUCCACAGCAUCAGGAGCAUCGAAUGUCCCCUGACGUCACCUAUUUGCACGACGACUGGCGAACAUCCAGCAUACACUCCGGUGGCUCGGUUCGAGAAGCUUCACAUCCUAGUUCGGCAAGACCUUCUGAUAGACUGGUCCACAACCACCACAUGCCCUACGAGGAACCGGCGUGGUCUCGGAGGGAACACAACAACAAUCUCAACGUUCACGAAUCUCGUUACCCGCACGAUAGCUUUAUGUCACGUCCUCAGAUGGAUUCUCCUACGAUGCACAACAGGAUAUUACGUCAGUCAGGAAGCCCGAGAGCGGUCGGUGGCAGAGAGGAUGUGGUCGCAGCAGUCAGGCAAGGGCAUAGCCGUGUCCUUGAACAGCUGCUAGCAGGUGGCACCAAGAUAGAUCCUCUCACAGAAGCUGGCUUGUUACGUAUAGCCAUCGAGAACAGAGAUCCAGGGACGACCUCUGUCCUUCUUCAGUAUGGAGCUGACGCAAAUGGCUCCAACGAGGGUGGUAUUACUCCACUCUUCGCUGCCACGCAAGCUGCGUCUGUACAGUGUGCUGAGAUUUUACUCAAGAAUGGCGCUGAUGCGAACUUCAAAGACAAUGAGGGUACCACAGCGCUCUUCAAAGCUAUUCAAUCUGGUCAAACAGACAUCAUGGCAACUCUUUUGGAUCACGGCGCCGACCCCAAUCUUCCAUGUCCCAAGCAUCCUCUGUGGCCAUCUUGUUACCACCCGGACGCACUUAGCCUUCUACUCUCGCGCGGCGCUGAUCACAAAAGGACCCCUGGCAUCAUGGAGCUUGCCGCAAGUCUAAAGAAGCUAGAAUCUGUCAAAGUCCUCAUCAACGCCGGUGUCUCCCCAAACGUCAGAAAAGAUGGAGCAUAUACGCCCUUGGCUUCUGCAAUUCGCGACAAUAGCCCAGACAUUGUAACCUACCUCCUUGAGAAGGGUGCAGACCCCAACUACAAAGCCGUCGAAUAUCCGACCUUCAAAUGUAUUACCCACAAACGUACACAUUUCCUCCCGCAACUCGUCGCAGCAGGCGCAGAUUUAUACACGCCCAAAGGUAUCAUCGAAACUGCUGUCUCCCACAAAGACAAAGAUGCUCUCCUCUACCUCCUUGACCAAGGCGUCAACCCUAACGACCGCUGUCCGGAAGGCGGUCACACGGCCCUGACAACUGCCAUUCGUGAAAAUGAUCUUGAACUUGUCGACAUUCUGCUCGAACGUGGCGCCAACCCAGCGGUCCGUGGGCAAGACUGGCCGCUCUGCAUGGCGGUCAGGAACCCCAUUGUGCUGAAGCGUCUUCUCGCUGUUCCCGGAAUAAACCCCCGCGCUUUUCGCGGCGUGGUAGAAAUGGCUGUUCACGCAGGUCAGCUGGAAAGCGUCAAACUCCUGCUUGGCGCAGGUGUGAGUGUAGAGGAUAAGAACUGUGGUGUGUUCUCCCCUUUGACAACGGCAAUUCGCGAGGGGCACAGGAGUAUUGUGCGCUAUCUUCUCGACGAAGCAAAUGCGGACCCCAAUGCACCGGGUGAACACCUCCCUCUUGUCAAGGCGCUACGCAGCUACGACGGCACCAACACGGAAGUCAUUCAGAUGUUGUUGAGCAGGGGCGCGGACAUUAACAGGAUGCACAGGGGGUGGAACUCUGUGCUCCAGGCGGUAGAGAACAGCGACACUCAAGUGCUAAGUCUGCUUGUUAGUCUGGGCGGACCUGUCGACCUGCAGGCUGUCGACGAAACUGGGCGGCCAGUGAUUGACAUUGUUGGCGAUCGUGAUUGGGAGGAGGGUCUUGCGCUGCUCUUUCCUAAAUCUGCCUCCUCGCGGGCUAGACAAUGA